AUGGCUUCGAUGAUCCACACGGAGACGUUCGAUGUGGUCGAGGAACGCGUUCGGCAGACGGUGGAGGACUCACAGGAUGUGGUAGAGACCCUGAAAGACGUGGCGAUAGGCAGGACAAGUGCUUCUUCUUUGCGGUGGGUGGAGCAGCAGCGACUUGGUGUUUGA